AUGGUCACCACUCUUCCAUUUGCUGAUAUCCAGGUGCCUACUCCGGGCUUUGGCGCUAUGGGUCUCAGCUUUGGCUUUGGAAAGAACCUGAGCUAUGAGGAAGCCGAGCCGGUCCUGCUGAAGGCCAUUGAACUAGGAUGUACUUUCUGGGACACUGCUGUUGUUUAUCAAGCUGGUGUCAAUGAAAAGCUUCUGGGCGACUUUAUCAGGAAGCAUAAUCUCCGUGACAAAGUCUUUGUUGCAUCCAAGUGUGGCUUCAACGUCUUUGGAGAUGGUUCUACUGCCAGCUCUGGCCUCAAUGUCCUUGGAAACGGCUCAGUCACCAAUUCUGCCUCGCACAUCAAACAGUAUAUCGAAGGCACUAUUGAACGGCUUGGUUUUACCCCUGAUCUGUACUAUCUCCAUCGCAUCGAUCCCAAAACUCCCCUUGAAGAGUCAAUUCCGGCCCUCGACGAGCUGCGCAAGGCUGGUAAGACUAAGUAUAUCGGCCUCUCCGAGUGCUCUGCGGCGACCCUUCGCAAGGCCAAUUCAAUCGCAAAGAUCGAUGCCGUCCAGGCAGAGUACUCCGCCUUUGAGACGAUCCACGAGACGGACGGCCUGAUCGACACCUGCAAGGAGCUCGGUGUGGCCUACGUCGCUUAUAGUCCUCUUGGAAAAGGUUGGCUUACCGAUAACUUUGACAUCAAGUCGCCUGAUGACUUUCCGCCUAAUGACUUCCGGCGGACCGUUCCAAAAUUCCAAGGUGAUAACUUCUAUAAAAACAAAGCCAUUGUCGAGGAGAUCAAGAAGCUUGCCUCUCGCAAAGGCUGCACGACCGGACAAAUUGCUCUUGCCUGGGUCGCGGCCCAGGGGAUGAUUGCUAUCCCGGGUACGACGAAGCUGAACCGCUUGGAGGAGAACUGGGCGUCGCGCAAUGUUCAGUUGACGCCGGAGGAAAUGCAGGAAAUGCGCAGAAUCAUUGAUAAUGCGAAGCCGCAUGGUAACAGAUAUGCACCUGCGCAGCAGGCUUUGGUGGGACAUUAG